AUGGCUCAAGCCAGCGCAGACUAUCUGGCUGCAGGAGCAAAUCGCCAUCCCUCUGCUGCAGAUUGGGAUACAGCAGGCCUCCUUGCGUAUGGUGCCGAUAGAAAUGUUGCGUUGUGGCAACCGCAGAACGAAACCUCAAGAGGUGUUCAUGAUCUUCUAGAUGGCCAUACAGACACAGUGAACGCCGUCAAAUUCGUCCCCGGAACUCCAGGCCUCCUCCUCAGCGGCUCCGUCGACAAAACCGUUAAAAUAUGGAGCAAUGACCAAUCCACGAAUCGCUAUUCAUGCAUCCAGACUCUCUCAGACCAUUCAAACUCCAUCAACUGCAUAGGAGUCUCAAGUCGUUCAUCCAAAAUCUUCGUCACGGGAGCAGCAGAUUUCACCGUCAAGGUCUGGUCUCUGGACGACGAGAAAGUCGCAUCACUGCGGCAAACCAUCAACAUCGCCCCGAAAUUCUUCCCACUGUCGUUGGCUUUGUGUAAUUUGGCCGAUUCACUGGAAUCGUAUGUGCUUGCUGUUGCUGGCACCAAAGAUAUCAUCCAGCUCUACGUCCGAGACGCGAAGAAUAGCCCAGAGUUCAAGCUUCAGGCUACCUUAGCCGGCCACGAAGGCUGGAUCAGGUCAUUGGAAUUUACCCAAGAGUCCUUCAACCCAAAGAGUGAUCUCAUCCUAGCCUCAGCAAGCCAGGAUAAGUACAUCCGGCUAUGGAGGAUCCAUCAAGGAACACAGUUGCCCGCCGCAGCAGCUAGUGCAGAUCCGUCUUUGGGAGCCUUCAUGCCCGGGAAAUCGCUUUCAAAUAAAGCGCAUCGCUUCAGAGCAGAUGACAUGGAUUUCUCGGCUACCUUCGAGGCACUUCUACUAGGGCACGAGGACUGGAUCUACAGCACGAAAUGGUUUGCUGUAGGGAAGAGUUUACAGCUUCUCUCAGCAUCGGCGGAUAACUCGCUAGCCAUUUGGGAGCCUGAUGAGACGACUGGUGUCUGGGUCACGGUUGCACGAAUGGGUGAGAUCAGUUCUGAGAAGGGAUCGACUACUGCUACUGGAAGUACCGGUGGUUUCUGGACAGGUCUAUGGUCCCCGUCAGGCAAAACUGUCGUGUGUCUCGGACGUACAGGCAGUUGGAGAUUGUGGAAUUACGAUUUGGGGAAAGAUAAAUGGGUUCAGAGUGUGGGAGUUAGCGGGCACACGCAGUCGGUCACUGGGAUUGCUUGGUCCAAGGAGGGCGAUUACCUGCUCUCUACAAGCUCCGAUCAGACUACAAGGCUCCACGCAAGAUGGAAGCGGGACGACAUCGUUUCAUGGCACGAGAUGGCAAGACCACAAAUCCAUGGCUACGAUCUCAACUGCAUCGACUCGCUAGGAGCCUCUCAGUUCAUCUCAGGCGCAGAGGAAAAGCUCCUCCGCGUCUUCAGCGAGCCCAAGGCUGUCGCAAACCUGCUUCACACCUUAUGCGGCUUCUCAAGCUCGCACGUGGAGGACAUGCCCGACGCAGCCAACAUGCCCGUCCUCGGCCUCUCCAACAAAGCCAUCGAAAAGGUCGCCGACGACCACGAAACUGGAAGCCCUCAAGACAAGAACGUAGACCCGGCCUCUAUCGUGCGCAAAUCCACCCUCAAACUGUCCCACCCACCCCUCGAAGACCAGCUAUCGCGCCAUACGCUGUGGCCCGAGAUCGAGAAGCUGUACGGCCACGGCUAUGAGAUCUCGGCCCUAGCAGCCAGCCACGACGGGUCGCUGGUAGCGACCGCGUGUAAGGCGACGUCUCUGGACCACGCUGUCAUCAGGAUCUUCGAGACUGAAAGCUGGCACGAGGUGAAGCCACCGUUGACGGCCCACACGCUGACCGUUGCGCGACUCAGGUUCUCGUCAGACGAUGCGAUACUUCUGAGUGUUGGCCGUGAUCGGCAGUGGGCCGUUUUCCAGCGGGAGGCAGAGGGUGAGAAGGAGGGGAAUGGGUAUAAGCUGCUGGAGGCGAAUCUGAAGGGCCAUUCAAGGAUGAUCCUAGAUGCGGCUUGGGCACCUAUGGGGGGGAGUGUUUUCGCAACAGCGGGCAGGGAUAAGCAGGUGAAGUUUUGGGCGCGGGAAGAAGCAAGUACCGGGGGGUAUGUGUGUAAGGCUACGAUUGCGGAGGAGCAUCCGGUGACUGCGGUGGAUUUUAUGGAUAGGUGUGUAGCUGAUGGCCGGGCAUAUCUCGCAGUUGGGACUGAGGUCGGGAGGGUCAGAAUAUACUGCCUGGAUGCCGAGAAGGCGUUUGAUGUGACUGAGCUGGGGGUGGAGUAUCCUAGUGCAUACCCAUAUCCUUCGAAGGCUAUCACCCAACUAGCCUGGAAGCCACAUAGUGGAGGGAACGCUGGGAGGAUUGAGAUGCAGCUUGCGGUGGCAAGCGAGGACAGUUCUUUGCGGAUCUAUUCCCUAGGCCUUCCCGAAGCUGCUGGUUCUGAAUAG